AUGGGAAAAGUCAAGUUUAAUGUUGUUUGGUUACAGGUUAUUGGAAAAGCUCUUGUCCUGGAUGAGAUAAUCAAUUAUGUCCAAUCAUUACAACGCCAGGUUGAGUUCCUGUCAAUGAAGCUUGAAGAGGUUAAUACAAGAGAAACCCCAAACAUAGAGGGAAUUCCUAUUAAAGACUUAGGGCAGCAAACAUUCGAGACAAAUGCUAUGGCAUUUGGUUCUCAAGGUACAAGAGAAUAUGCUGGGAGAACGUCACCAGAUUGGUUGUACAUGCAGAUUGGUGGUGGAUUUGAAAGAGGGACAUAAAGUAAAAUAAUCGGCAUCAAAGGCGAAUAAAUUCUUAGGAGGCUAAUGCUUCCUCCAGGGACUGCCAAAAUAUAUAUCAGUUCCUUGAUUUUAAAGGUAGCUUGUUUCUGAUCAGGCAUAGAGUUGUUGCAUAUCUUUAGGAUACCACGAACCAAAUCACCAUCUCCUUGCGCAAUGAACAAAACUAUCUUCCUAUAGUGUAACAGCACUUUUUCUUUCAUGGCGACUGGCAAAAAUGCUUAAUGAAUAGUACACUGGUGAGAAUGCCAACUUGACAUGGUUACUGGUUA